CCCUCAUCCACAACUCGCGUCAGAAUGUCGUUCCUUUGCUACAAACUUCUGACGGGUCAGUAUCAUGAGACCGAGACCGAGACCUUGCAGCGGGCCUGGGCCGCGGCACCUCCCCUGCUCCAGGCCACUCCGCGUACCGCACCAGACAUGGAGUACCCUGUGGUCCGAGCAAAGGGGAAGAGGGCUGCGUCCGAUACGGCGCCUCUGUCACGAAAGCAUCCACGAACACUCUCCGACUCGUCUUCCAAAAGCCUGAUCCCCAGUCAACCUCGAGAGCAGCCGCUGCAGAUUAUACCAUCAUUGUCCCCCAACGCUGCCGAUCUUGUAAAGACGUACUCUUACAAGAACGCCGUGACGGUCUUCGGAGAGAGCGGGCUUGACAUACUACAGGGGACCGAUUGUGGCGGCGUUUUUGUCAAGCUCUUCCUUAUUAUCGAGCGAAGCGACCCAAAGAUCGAGCUCCAGCAACUAUUUCGGCGAACCUGCUGCUACGCGUUCGCGAAGUUACACGAGAAAGGCGCGUCUGUCGAUCCGAUGGUGCAGGAAAUCGAAAAUACGCUGCCUCUUGCUCAACGCACUAAGGAAAGGGUUAAAGGUAUCCUCCGCGCCGGGACGAAGUGGAUAACGAUUGUCGAACAAUUCGCGUCUAUUGUCAAUCGCGCCCCGCAGCAGCUUACUGGGCUCCUCUGCCCUUUGAGAUCCGCAUCCGCCUGGGAGAGAGCAGUAACUGCGGACCAUCGAUCUGCGCUUGCGAAUCUCCACGCGAAUACGGACAUAUACGAGUCGACUUUACGGUUCACCCCUUCCGUCAACAAAGUCUUAAAUCAAAUAUUCUCAGAGCGCUCCUUUAUCGACGAGACGCGCACGUUCACAUCGCAUUCAAACACCCUUCUUACCACGCCGGUGUGUAAGACCAGCCGAAGCAGCCUCGAGGCCAGUGCCGCAUUUGUAUGCUGGGAUUUACAUACCGUGUCAAAAGCACAGCCUGCGUGGAAGGCUCCGUCCCUAACAGCUGUGUCGGAAGCCGUUCCAGGAUCGAGCGGUAUGCAUUCGGAAGGUACCAAUAUCUUAUUGAUCGUUCUGUCUUUCCUCUCGACAUCCGAGAAAAUUCCCCUCAAUCUUCUGUUCUAUGGAGCCACGCCUCGGAAACGCUGGACAGUACAUGGCGAGAUCGAAUCGGUGGAUGCAAUUUGUGCUGGUCUUGUUCCGGAAUUGGGCAGUCUUCUUUCGGACGUAUUGAGACUGGCCAAAGCCUUUUGGGAGCUGGAGUCGUCGUCGUCGGUCGUCUCGGACUCUGGAAAGGCCUACACCUUGAACGAAACCGUUGCGAGUUGCAUCCGUGAGAACCUAUCUGCAGAGCAGCUUUCUUUUUGGAGAUGCCAGGCCUUGAUUGUCACGUAUAGAGCGAUCCCUUGGAAAUACUUAGAGCCCGCCAUCCCCAACCCUGAAUUAUUUCUGCCGCACCUCAAACAGGUUCUCGAGGCAUUUCAAGAUUGCUUUAAAGAUAUGCCAGCGAGUACCAGAGCCGACCUUGUACUCACACUCAUCGAGGCAUCUCGGUUUCCCAAUAUGGUAUGGAAACCCUUCGCGAUCGGUCAAGCGGAAGUUGCUGCGCGUGACUUAGAGGACUCGUACCUUCACUUUUGCAUCGCACAGUCACAAAGUCGUCUGGGACAGAUUGCCGGAAACAUGGGCCAAGCUGUUAGUAGUCUUGGCGAUCUCAGCCAAGGCAGGCUAUCGAGCACCGUGGACAAGAGGAUGCAUUCAGCGAUAGGUCAAGCGACCAUCCAAUAUUCCUUGAAUUGUGUCCAGGCUGAAGACAUCCCUGGUGCCAAGAGAUCGCUGGAGAAUUGGAGUCCCCUUAAUCAACCGUCUCCAAUGGAGGAAGUCGUGCUCUUCCGCAAGGAUAUGAUGCUUGGGAGGCUUUUACGGUUCCAAGGCGAAUUCGCAGAAUCGCUAGCGCAUCUCGAGAAGUCGCGGAAAACAGCAGAGGAGCGCAGGGUUCUCACCUCCGAAGAAGACCUUUGUGAUCUCACUUGCGACCUUGCCGACACGUUGCGAGAGCUUGAUAACCCAGCCACCGCCGAACGCCACCUUCGAGCAGAAAUCACGCGGCGAGACCGGAAUUGUAUCUGCUCUCCGGGCCAGUCUCUUCUGGAGUUGUCUCUAGCUGAAGCCCUGUUUGCCCAAGAACGUUUCAAAGAGGCAGAAAGGCUUUGCUUAGAUGUCCAGUCCCGUCCCAGCCUCUUAGACUUUGAGGAACUGCGCUUACACAUCACAAUGGCAAAGAUACGCCAUGUCGAGUCAGACUACGAGGGUGCAUUGUCUUGUUGGAGCGGAGCCAUGAAAGCAAUUGGAAAGUUUCAUAUGACCAAUGGCCGUUCGACUCGAAUAAUUGUACUGUCCAUUUGCGACACUUUAAGGCGUUUGGGCCAGACGUGGUUGGUGGACGCGUCUCUGAAGGAGGCGGCGUCUCUAGAGGAGCUGGCAAAACCAAGAGAUGCCCAAUACUGGAUUGCGGGCAUGCGGCAUUGGUUAGAAUAUUCUGCAGCAUCGAGGUCGUCGUAGUCGUAUGUAGCUCGUCUGUAGCUCAUCCAUAUCAAAGGAGUGCCAAGUACUUAUCUCGAUCCGCC